CAACUGUGGCCAGGCGAUUUUUGGAGGGCAUAUUUAUAGAGCAGCGGUUUCUUUGGUACAAAUUACAUACAAAGUUGCUAAUUAUUCUUUGCACAUAAGAUAGUAUGACAAAGUCUAAGUCUCCACAGUUGCAGGAGGAGAUUGUCGAAAUUCCGGAAGCGGACCCAAGCUCCUUUGGCAACGAUACCAGUGCCAUUUUGGAACAUGCUGCUGAAGAAGUCUACGGAGCUUUGGUGGAAGACACAGAUGACGAAGACUUGGACGAGGAUGCGCUCUGGUUGCGAGAACAGCGAGAAUCCAACAAAUCUUUGCAUUGGUUAUUGAGACCUACGGUGCUUACGAUGUGUUUUGUUGCACUUCUGUAUUUCACUGGUAUGGCGAUAGCUGAACCUGGUAAGCUGUUGGCGAUUUACCAGUUGGCUUGUAAUACUGUUGAGACCGACGGGGUGUGUGACCCAGUGUCCACCCAGAUUCUAGUUUCUACACUUGCUCAAUACCAGUUGGUAGUAGGAACAUCGUUUGCCUUGUUGGCACUGACCAAAGUGGGUGUAUUGUCGGAUAUAUACGGCAGAAAGCCGCUUAUAGCAGGAUACAUUGUUGCUAAUACUUUACAACGUUAUUUCCAGUACUUUCUCUUCGCCCAUUACAAGGAAUUGCCGUUCGUGAUGUUAGUGGUCGGUGAAGGGUUGGUUAAUUUCUGCGGUGGGUUGUCGUCGUUUGGUGCGUUGAUGCAAGCAUAUAUCUCGGAUGUUGUUGAACCUCACCAGAGAAUUUAUCUGAUUGGUUUGGCUAUGGCUGCAAUGCAGGUCGGGGCAGCAAUCGGACCCAUUAUCUGUAAUCUCAUAGUAUCGCAGAUUAAAGAUGAAGUGGUUGCACCCAUAAAAGGUCCUCAAUUUCAUGUCAUGAGUAUCAGUGCAAGGGCAGAUUUGAGAAAAAAAGAUAUUGUUCCUUUGCAAGUUGAAUUGUUUGUGUUCACUCUCUUGGCUAUUUACUUGGUGUUCUUUUUCCCCGAAUCCAGGAGCGAAAAGGCAAAGACCAAGUCUAGAAGUAACUCUGUGGCUUCUGGUAACUCUUCUGGUUCCGGAAGAUUGGAUGCAGUUGCACAAUUGCAGACUUUGGAACAGCCUACUUUGCUCAAUAGAGUUGGUCACAUGUUAAACUUGUUUCGACCCUUAAUCUUGUUGACGUACCCUGCCAGUGUGGUUAGUUCCAAUAACAAGUCUAGGCAUAUUAGAUACAGAAUUGCCAUCAUUUCCAUCGUGUUGGUUGGUAGUAUUGUAAAUGCUAUUGUUACAGGAAUCGGCACCAUUCUUAUCCAGUAUGGUAUUCUCAAAUUCAACUGGGAUACGCAGGACUUGGGCUACAUGCUAUCACUUUUCUCUGGUUCUAUGACUUUCAUGUAUAUUGUUGGAUCUCCAAUUCUUAUCCACACUGUUUUGCGCAAAUGGUGUGGCUUAAAAGUCAUGAAACGUCAGCUUGAUAUGGUGGAUUUUUCUGUGAUUUUAUUUGCGCGUGUAGCAGACAUAUUUGCCUUUGUCUUCAUGGCCAUGGCUAAGAACACUGGCCAGAUGCUUGCAUCCUUGUCACUUAUUGCUCUUGGUGCACCUGCUGGACCUACAAUUUCAUCCGCUCUUCUUAAAUUCUACCCUGCUUCCAAAGCUGGUGAAUUCUUUGCAGCCAUGUCGUUGUUGCAGAACAUAUUUACUCUUGUUUUUCCCUUGGCAACGUUGUCAUUGUUUAAGUAUGGGUUAAAGAAUGGAGUUCCUCAGUUGGGAUUCUACUUGGUGGCUGUGGCUUGUCUUGUCAAUUCCAUUGUGAUCAUUUUUGUCAAGAAAGUAUUGCGUUUGAACAGACACUCUACAGACGAUCAGUUGGUUAGAAGCAGCUCCAUGAUUUCAUUGCCCAGUUCCCACUUGAGUACCUAAUUAGAUCUAGACCUUAUACCCCUUGUUAUGAUUAAUGCAAUAUAAUAAUAUUAUUAUUAG